ACUCACAAUAUAUAAUCUUCACGCAUUCCCAAUAAACAGAACAAACCUCAUUCAUCCAACUUGACUCUCAUCACACACAUUUCUCUCUUUAUAACAAACAAUCUCGUAUGCUCUUGUUUCAUUUCGAACAUGGCAGUUGAACUCAUGACUAAUAACGCGUACAAAUUCGGUGCAAAACUCGAACACAACUCCGUGCAAGAAGCCGCCCUCGCAGGACUCGAGAGCGUGGACAAUCUCAUCAGAAUGAUCUCCCGAUCGCAACAUUACUCAAAUAUAUCUCAAUCUUCUUCUUCAUCGAAUUCUCACGAAAAUAACGUGACGGAUUAUAGAGCUGUCACAGAUAUCGCUGUCAAUAAGUUUAGAACAUUUAUUUCAUUGCUCGAUAAAACACGAACGGGGCACGCUCGGUUCCGCAGAGGGCCAGGAGUUCGGACUCUUGAGACGCAAGUAAUUAAGCCGAAGAAUGAGAUUGUGGCGCCUGUUCAGCGUCAAGCGCUUAAUAAUCAGGCGGUGAAGAAUGUUAGUUUUGAGAAAAAAGAACAUGUUACUAGCACAAUUAAUUUUGGUUCUGUCGCGGCUGUUGUACCGUCGGGUACUAAUUCAUUUAUGUCGUCGUUGACGGGAGAUACCGAUGGAUCGGGGUUUCAGAUCACGAAUAUGUCGUCGGGGAGCAGGCCGCCUGCUUCGACGUCGUCGUUUAAGCGGAAGUGUAGCUCUAUGGAUAAUUCUGCAGCUAGGUGCUCGGGGUCUUCUGGGAGGUGCCAUUGUCCUAAGAAAAGUAGGAAAUCAAAACUGAAGAAAGUGGUGAGAGUGCCGGCCAUAAGUCUGAAGAUGUCUGAUAUUCCUCCUGAUGAUUUUUCCUGGAGAAAGUAUGGUCAAAAACCCAUCAAAGGCUCUCCACACCCCCGAGGAUAUUACAAGUGCAGCAGUGUAAGAGGAUGUCCGGCAAGAAAGCAUGUAGAGAGGGCGCUGGAUGAUCCAGCAAUGUUGGUAGUCACAUACGAAGGAGAGCAUAAUCAUUCUCAAUCUCUUCAUGACACACCAGCUUCUCUAGUUCUUGAAUCAUCUUAAUCACCACUUAACAACAUCUUAUUAUCUAAGAUGUCUGUAACUUUUAAUCACCACCGUCCAAUACGAGAUUAGUGGAACUGACAGGUCAACGCAAAAAGAUGCUUUUGUAGAUCAUCUUAUUUUCACAAGGGAAAAAUCAAAUAGAGAAUAUAUUAUUGUCUUGAGUAUCCGUUAAAGUUGGGCCUGUAGAUUUGUGGAUUUGGUGGAACUGAUUCAUCAUCAUGAUGCAAAUUAUCUAAUUUUAAUCAUUUAUUUUGCAAAUAAUCCCGGUUUUCACAUUUUAGCUUGUUUAUGUUAGUAUUAAAUGUAAUUUGUUUUGUACGCAAGAAAAACAUUAUUGGUAUAGACUUCCGAGAAACUUUUUUCC